GAGCUAGCUGGCCCGUGUUAGCCACCUAGCUUAGCCCGUAUAGUUGCAUGUUGUUUACAUGUCCGUAACCGGAACCGUGGACGUUGCACGAGUCUCUCAGCGGGUUGACACCAUAGAUGUUCUGGGUCAUCUCGAUAGUAAACAGUUAGCGCAAAAGCUGCAGGACGUCAAAGUUUAGAGAUUAAUCCUUUGUUUGACGCAAGACUGACGUAACAACUGAUGAUGAUAGAAAAAACAGAAACAUGCUAAAAAUCCAUUUGAAAUGUCUCCGACGCCGUAACGUCACGGAGGAGCGUCAUCGUGACCCAUCUGACCGGUGCAAAGAGGUCCAGCAGAUCCGAGAUCAGCACCCCAACAAGAUCCCUGUCAUCAUUGAGCGAUACAAGGGAGAGAAGCAGUUACCUGUUCUGGACAAGACCAAGUUCCUGGUGCCGGACCACGUCAACAUGAGCGAGCUGGUCAAGAUCAUCAGGCGUCGGCUGCAGCUGAACCCCACGCAGGCCUUCUUCCUGCUGGUCAACCAGCACAGCAUGGUGUCCGUGUCCACGUCCAUCUCCGAGAUCUACGAGCAGGAGAGGGACGAGGACGGCUUCCUCUACAUGGUCUACGCCUCGCAGGAGACCUUCGGCUGCUAGGGAGGUGGCUGGUGGAGGGGGGAGGGAGGGGGAGAGCGGGGAUGUCGUCAGGCGUUGGGAGAGUUGAGGGGGAGAGAGGUUAGACGGGGAGAACAAGAAACCACCAAACUCCACCAUCCUCUCGUCUUUGUUGCGUCAGUCAGUGACCUCCCCUCCCGCCCCCUCCCUCUCUCUCUCUCUCUCUCUCUCUCUGACUCUCUAAUCGAGCACCUUCGUCAUAUUGGUCAGUAAACACAACACUAGCUACAAAAGCCUGACGACGUCCUCAAGAGUCAUAGAUCAGAGUCAGACCUUUUCUCUCUUAUUUUGAAAAGGGUGGGACAAACCAACCGGUGACUUUGGAGGGUUUAGAAGCCAUCCGCAAAGUUCCACAAACACUCUAUUGAUAGAUGAGAUAUGAUUGUUUGAUUUAUUGACAUCCUUUAAGCUACACAGGUACAGUGGGGUCCAAACGUCCGAGACCACGGCGUCGGACCUUUGGACCCACCGUUCUGUUCGCGCGUCAGACGAGCUGCUGCGACGCUCGGUGACGUCACUGAUACAGUUUUAGAGUUUUAAACCCUCCGAGGUGAAAGACAGCUUCGCCGUGUCCCGUCUAUAUCGUUGCUAACGGUGGAGAUAGAAGGUAGAUAUAAAUAUCGUGACUGUUGUUUCACUUAUUUUUAAACUCAAGUAUUUUUUUUCUUUUUGAUUAGCGUCUUUAGUUCGAAGCCAUAGUUUUAGUUUGUGUUUUCAUGAGUAGAUCUGAGUUUGUUUGAUUCAUACAUUUACCGUCAGCCCGGAGCUCGACUCGCCAACCAGACCAUCAGAAGUGACUGUAAUCCUCCUUGCGCCAACAGUAAUUUCACACGUGCAAUAUUUGUCCCUCCCUCCUCCACUGUAAAGCUACUGUCAUGUGUCACUUCUGGGUCCGACGGGUCCGUUUGCGUCUUUCACCCCGUUCACACCUGACAUUAAAGGGGCAGUAAGCAGAUUCUAGAGCAAAACUCGUUUUGUAAAAAUGACAGCAGAAACAUCCAGGACACGUGUGUGAUCUUAACGUGUGAUCGGAUCUCUCGGGACAAAUGUUUAAACACCCCCCCCCCCCGAGCACAAAUACACCUUAGUAUCACUACUCUACCUGUCUUCCUUGCACAAGUCCCCCCCAACCCCACAUUCAAUGUCACGAAAAGCCAAUCAGGUGAAGCAGAUUAUUUUACAGGCCCGCUCGCUUGCUUUUCACGCUUUGGUUUGUUUUUCGGAAGGAUAGAACAGAGAGAACGAACCAGGCCCAACAGUUUUUGCGUAAUCCUGCUGAAAAACAAACAUGCAAACCGGUGAAAACAGAAAAAUGCACAAAGGUAGGGAAUGACAAAAAUGUUAGGAAGCAAAGCAGUUAUCAAGUUGGACUCUGACUCUGUUGGAGAGGAGGAGGCGGCGGCGCCGGAGGAGAUCCCGCCUCCACAGUGGCAAACGAGGCGCCGCGUGGUCACAGGAUGUUUUUGUUUUGACGCUGUGAUAUUUUUAUUUCCCUCAUCCCGUUAACGGACGGUGCAGUGAAACGCCAAAAUGAUUCCGUCUUUUUAUAACGAGCUGGAGACGUGGACUUAAUGAGAAGAUGGUGGCUCACUGUCGUUCCUCCACUGUGGCAGCGGCGGCGGCGCCUCCUCUCGGCCUUGUGUUACGGAGCUUGUAAAGAUUUUGCCGCGCGCGUCAUGGUAGCUUAGAUUUGAGCAUUAGACAAAAAUACAAAGUAUUUAACGUAGGAAAUGAAUGAGCUUCUUUUGCACAUAAAUUAAUACAAGUGUAAAAAGAGUUGGCAUAGAGGUCUUUUUUUGUUUUUAAGAAUUACUGUAUCUCUAUAACGAUGAUCUUUUUGUAUCUGUAGAGCUGCUGCUGCUCUGUGUCUGUCCGUCUGCCUUUCUUUAACAAAAUAUGUAUACACAGAAAAAAGGUUAUGAUGCACUACAGGCAUUGCAUGUUUUGAGUUUUUUUUAUAAUGUACAUUGAUUUUACACUAUAGAUAUAACUGUUUCGUUUUAUUUAGAAAAAAGUCUUUUUUGAUGUUUCCCAAACCAAAAACAGGAGAUAAGUGUAUGUGUUUGAAACAAACAAACAAAAAACAACUGUGUGCGUAUAAACGAUCAUAUAAUCAAUAUAUUACAAAAGUGUUUUCUCUAGGCUUUAUGACACUAUCACUGUUUGGAGGGGUGUACAUAGACCCAUUGCUACAUUAUUAAAAGCAUUUGCCAAUUAAUAAUGAUGAUAAUAAAAAAAAGUUGCCUUUAAA